GGCAGGUAAUCCCGAGCCCCAGGGACGACCGAGCGCGGACGGAGGAAUCCGAAGUGGCCAGUCGGCGCCGGGCAGAAGUGGUGCUCGCUCAUUAUCUGUGGAUAAAACUGUGCCUAUCUGCGAGCGCUAUCAUCGCGCGCCGUGACAGCGGUGGUCCACUCCGAGGGUGUGCGAUACGGUGCAGACGGCAGCCCUGGUGACUGGCGCCGCCGUCAGUCGGUCGCCGCACGGCCAGGUGCGCUGCCGGUGUUGUGGUCCGCCGCCGCGCUGCAGUCUCCCAGCCGUCCGCGCCGCCAACGGCAUGCGAUCCGACUUCAACUAGAACUCAGACGACUCGAUACCACGUAGAUCGCAGAGUGAAUGGUCGACAUCAUGAGGCGCGCCGAGCCGUCAUCCAGCUCCUACAACCACUGGAAGGAGGAUGCCUCAAUAGACUCCAGCUCUGUGGGCGGCUACAUGCCCGACAUGCACGGCUCUUUCGGCGAGGGCCGCUCCAGCAAUGGCGUUCGGAGGACAGAGUCCCCGGACGAGGGCGCCAUGUACCUGCUGGAGCACCUGGCCACGUUCACCGUGUCGCCCGAGAUGGGUACCCUGGGGCCGCGCGACGGCAUGCGCCGGCUACUGCAGAUGGAGAAGACGACCGGCAUCUGGACGCAGAAAAUGGAGCUGCGGCUGCGCAACCAGUCGGUGGUCAUCGUCGACCACGAGAACGGGGACCUGGUGGAGCGGUUUCCCAUGCACCUGAUCCGUGAGCCGACCGCUUUCACCUCCAACGACCCGAAGGAGCUGUACAACAACAUCUUCAUCUUCAUCAUCACCGAGGACCCGAGUCGCCACUCGAUGAAUCCGCCCGAGAUGCACAUCUUCCAGUGUCUGCGGGUGUCUGCGCAGCAGCUGGUCGAGGAGAUGAAGGCCUACCUCUCUGGGAAGCAGGUGCGCCCGCAGCGACUGCCGCCGCCGCCCAGCAGUCCGCCGCCCGAGCCGCCCAACGGGCUGUCGGGCCGGGACCAGCUGGCCAUGUUCAACGCCCAGUCUCGCCAUUUCGAGAGUUCGCGCCACAGCUCGCGCGAGCGGGACCGCGCCGGGAGCGAGGCGGCCACCGACGACGUGUCGUCCACCUCGUCGGAGAAGUACGAGCGCGAUGUGUCCGUGCUGAACCACUGCUUUGACGACAUCGAGAAGUUCAUCGCGCGGCUGCAGCACGCCGCUCAGGCCGCCAGGGAGCUGGAGAAGAGGCGAAAAUCCCACAAGACGAAGAAGAAGGAUCUCGGAGAGGGCAUGCUGUCAAUGCGGGCCAGGCCCCCUCCGCGCAGAGAUUUCGUGGAAAUCCUGCAGAAGUUCAAGCUUUCCUUCAACCUGCUGGCGAAGCUGAAGGCGCACAUCCACGACCCGAACGCGCCGGAGCUGGUGCACUUCCUGUUUACGCCACUGGCGCUGAUUGUGGACGCGUCUCGCGACUCGAACCACGGCGCCAACCUGCCGGCCGAGGUCGUGGCGCCGCUGCUCACACGCGACGCCAUCGACCUGCUGGUCAACUGCCUGACCAGCAAGGAGUCCGAGCUGUGGCACUCGCUCGGCGAGGCCUGGUGCCGGCCCAGAGACCAGUGGGAGGGCCACCUGCCCGUCUACAACCCCGUGUUCCUGGACGGCUGGGCGCCCGACCUGCGGGACGACGAGCGCGAGCGCAGCCGGCGCGCCUCCUCGGCGGCUGCCAGCGAGGCCCAGCGGCUCCGCGCCGACAAAAUACGCCGCGCAGAGCACGAGGCGGAGAGGCGCGAACUGGCGUCCCGAGAUGACCGGUACCCGGACGACCGGUACUACGACUCCGACCAGCCCAGCCUGCCGUCCCCGUCCAGCCACGGCGGCUACCGGCGGCCGCAGCGCAGCAGCCGCGAGGAGAGGGAGCGAACCCGCACCCCGUCCUCAGAGCGCGGCGCUCUUGGUGUCCGCAGUGACGCCAGCGUGGACUCGGCGGGCGCCGGCGGCUUCGAGCGCCAGCAGAGGCUCUGGUACGACGACCUGAAGAUGCGCGGCGUGCGCAUCGUGCAGGUCACCUACCCGCGCACCGCCAACAACGACAAGGAGCUGACGCUCACCCGCGGAGAGUACCUCGAGGUGAUUGACGACAGCAGGAAGUGGUGGCGGGCCAGGAACAGCCGCGGACAGACGGGCCACGUGCCGCACACCAUCAUCACCCCGGUCGGCGCCGACGACUCGGACCCGGCGGCCUCCGCUGACUGGGCAAAGAAGGAGAAAUCAGGCAAGAAAGAGUUCGAGCCGUACUCGCCGUACACGAGCGACGACGAGCCGGCGACGCGCCAGCCGCCGCCACCGACUCCACCACCGCCGCCGCCGCCGCCGCCCCCGCCCGCGGCCAUCUUCCACGAGGCACCGCUGGCGCCGCCGGCCAGCUCGCGACCCAGCCGGCCCCGGCCCCGGCGGCAGCCGCAGAACGAAGUGUCGUCAGCAUCGGACUUUGACGAGGAGCUGCGCUCCGUCAUCGGAACAUGGAGGACGAAGAAGAAGAUCAUCAUACCCAAGACACCGGACGCUUCCCUCUACCAAAACUCGACUCCUGCUGAGGUUCAGGAGUGGCUCAAGAUCAAGGGGUUUUCCGACAGGGUCCGCAAGGCACUGAAGGAUUCGAAAGGAGAAAAACUUUUCCGGUUGGAGAAGCCCAGGCUAGUCAAACUUUUCGGCAAAGAAGAGGGAGGGAGACUUUAUUCACAGAUCACUGUCCAGAAGAAAAAUAAUGGGUUCAACACCACCAGAAACGACGACAUGUUGAUGAGGAAGAUGGAGGAGAGACGCGAGAAGAUCAACAGCAACACCGACGACGCCAUCGGCGACCUCAACCGCUGCAUCGGCGGCGACAGCGACAGCGGCGACAGCAGUGACGAGAAGACCAUCAAGUCGUCGCCGCCGACGGUGCGCCGCGUGUCGCCCUCGGCCGCGGGGCGCGCGGGGAGGGCGUCCGGCCCGGCCCCGGCCCCGCCGCAGCCCGAAAAGUCGGCCGCCAACGGCCACAAGCCGCGCAAACCGGCGCCCCAGGCCUCCUCGCCGCCCAAACAGCGCCAGUCGCUCGACUCAGUGUUCUCGCGUGACUCCACCGGCGGGGAUUCGGACGCCGAGUCCGUGGACUCGAUGGAGUCGAGCAGCACUCUGAGGGCCAACAUCGAGAUGCAGCGUCACCAGUUGGCGAUGCGGGCCAACAGGGCCUUCCUGCCGGCCCUCUAGCUCGGCACAGCGCGGCGCGGCAGGGCGGUCGUGACCGCCAGGGCAGAUGUGAACUCCGUGUAUGGUUACUCAUUCGAAGCCAUCUCUACCAGACAUACCAGACAGAGUGUAGUUUGAGAUGGCCCAUAUAGACUUAAGCUUAGCAAGGAAACGCAAACCGCAUCAAAUGGUCGCUAAAACUAAUAAGGAAAGGAAAAUGUGCGAAAAAAGCGACAUUUGGUACCCCAUAUCGGAGGGCCAUAAGUGAUUGUUAAUGUACACCCCUCAGCAGACUGCGUGGUAGGUAUUCUUUUUCGACAAAACCGGUAUGUUAUCAAUCGGUUGGAACUCACUGCAAAUAAAUGCGCCAUGCUCCACUACUUCGAUUGGGUCUAUCACUAAACAAAGUAUACGCCUUGUGUGGCAACAAAAUGCAAAACUUUGUUUUGGGGGCAUAUACACACUUUUCGGUUUUGUUGCCAAACUGGGUGGAAAAUGAAUACGAUGAUAAAGCCAAUCUAGGGUGCAGAGUCUCGCGCGUCUUGCUGUUACGAUUUCUGAGUGACCGAUAGCAUAGUGUUCGUGUUAUUCUCAGUUUUGACAAAAAAAAACCUACCACGCAGUUUGCAGAGGACUGUACAUAUGCUUAACAAUACCUGACACGGUUUACACGCACAUUUGAUCAUAAAAGCGUGUUUUUUAGUUUUUUCUUGGGCAGAUUCUAGCAAACAUAAUGAUUAUAUUGUAUAAAAUAAGUCUAUGGAUAAUGUGCAUAUAACACAAUUAUCACCUUA